AUGACACGUAAGCCCAAGGGUUAUUAUUACUCCCAGGCUGGUCCCAACCACUGCUGGAUCUGUGGCCAUUCCCUCGAGGCCCGCCAUUAUGUGCGAAUCGGAAAGCCUCCCCCGCUCGUGCGUGAAAAGCAGGAAUGGGAGCAAAUGUGGAAAGAGCGACGUCAAUCCAGAAAGACGGAGAAAAGAGUGUUUGCCAUUGAUAUGUCGGCAUCCGAGCUGUCGAGGGCUUUCCGGGUGCCAGGACGCUGGAACACCCUGUUCAGAAUGAUUCUCGAAAGACCAGGUCAACCGUAUAAACUCUCCGGCAUAGGAGAUAUGGUUGGUGCACGAGUCUCAUGCCUACUGCUUGUCCCUCCCGACUCGGAGAUGGCAUAUAUCGGGGCACCGGCGUACAAGAAAAACAAGUAUAUCACGGUAUCUCCCAUGCGACAUCCGUUGGCCCGGUGGAGGCGUAAGCGAGAAAAAGAAGAAGAAGAAAACAUAGUGAAGGGAUACGCGGUUCAUUCCCGAUGCUGGACGCUUCUCGAACGACAGCUUGGCUCUGAGCGAAUGCAGCAUCUGGAUCUAGUGAUUGCUGCACUGAAAGAAUACUGGAAGACGGGAAGACGCCCCAAUCUGUAUUCAACUGCAAUGUGCCCCUGUUACGACCCGGUGCAUAUCCCUGUGGUGGAUAAGAUGAUGCGAACCAGUGUGAAGACGACGGGGUCGUCGAUCGGCUUUGCCUACCUUUCCACUCAGUUUGGCCUUCCGCUGGAGAUCAAAUAUAUGGUUAUUGAAUAUCUGGACGUCGUCAGCGUCCGAAACAUGCUGUGGGCGUUUAAUGAGGUUCUUCCAGCCUCAUACUGGCUGGCGAUGAUGCCGACAGAUCUUCUCUUUGAAAUCCGGGACAAGGAGGACGCAGCGCCCGGGACAGUCAACUGGGCAUCAAUUGCGGUGCUUGUGAUCCAUAGGAAGGUCCUGGAAAAGUGGCAGGUCUCACUCCAGUUAAAGAAUAGACAACGGAUCUUUCAUAUCCUCCAAGAGGUGGAGAGAAACUUGACAACUGACACUUCUAAGACAUAA